AUGUCGACUGGGGCUGGAAUUGAAUCGGUGGUCUCGGCCGCAGCAUGCGCCGCGUUGAGCGUGGACUUUCUAGUCCAUCCCAUGGACACGCUCGUCACGCGGAUGCAGUCGCCAAUGUACACGACGCAGUACAGGACCGUCAACGGCGCCGUAAACCGGACCCUAUUCCUCGGGCUGUACCAGGGCUUCGGCCCCACGAUCAUCACCAGCGUACCGUCAUCGGCCGCCUUCUUCACCAUUUACGAGGGGCUGAAGAGCUAUGCCCUGCGCGCAAAGUCUGAGGGGCGCCUUUCUGGCGUUCCUCUGCCCGUCCUUUAUGGGGCUAGCGGUGCGGCGGCUAGUCUCGUCAGUUGCGCCAUCACCAACCCUGCCGAGGUCCUGAAGCAGAAUGCGCAGGUGUGUACGAGAGAUGUGCGCUCGUUGGGAGGCGUUGGUGGUGCGUCUCCGACCAUCAGCACGUUGAGGCGCUUCGCGAAGCAGCCGAAGAAGCUGUGGGCUGGGUAUACGGCUCUCGUGGCGAGCGACCUGCCCAAUACCACGUUGACGUUUUGUCUCUACGAGACCCUCAAGGAACGUUUCAUCGGAAGGGAUUUCAAGGGCCAGGAGAGGGGUACUUCGCAUCAGGUACUCGCGAGCGGACUCUGCGCCGCUGUUGCUGGGAGCGCGUCGUCGAGUCUGUUUGUGCCCAUUGACGUGGUCAAGACGAGGAUGAGGCUGGCGGCUGGCGGAGACGUGGUUGGCAAUGACAGGUCUCUGCAGGCAUCGAGUAUUUCUCCCCGUGCAAAGAUUGGUCCGAUUGCGGUGGCGAAGGGCAUUAUCUUGAAAGAGGGUGUUCGUGGUCUGUUUAGAGGUGCCACGGUGACGAUUCUGGCGUCGGCUGUUGGCGGUGGACUGUAUAUUAGCUGUUACGAAGCGAUCAAGAUUUAUCUGAGCUAG